AUGUCACUAAUCAUGCCUGCUCUGUUUAAAAGAUUUUUUAUUGUUGUUUCUAAUUCGGGAAGACCAACCAUGAGGCUUCAGCCUGGUCUUGUCCAUCAAUACAUGCUUCUUGUACCUCUUCAAUGUACCCUAACCACAAGAGAAGGUCGUACAUAUAGGGUGACAAUAAGAGGGAAUGAUGAGCAUGCAUUCUGUGAUGAGGGGUGGUUAGAUUUUCCUAUUCCAAUUCAAUUCUUGCGGUCACAUGUGGUGGGUGAAUGUGAGGACUUGACUCGUUGCUUGCUGAUUGAUGAUACUCAGUAUGAAGUCGAAAUUGUAAAUCGGCAUGGCAAAAGUGUUGAUGCAAAAUAUGCGUGCUAG